AUGGUCGGGGGCAACGACGUUCUAUCACGGAAGAGGAGUCGCAGCACUGUCUCUGAGAAUAACCAACAAGGUCAAGAUGCUCCUCCUCGCUACGUGAAGCGUGUCAAGCACACUGUUGUGCCACUCAGCACUACGGUAAAACAUGACUUAUUGGCCCAGUACUACACCGAGACUGUUACGCUCCGCCAGUACUUCCUCUUGAGGCUGCCUAAGACUUCCCGUCUCAGACGCAGGAAGAUCAGUUCAAUUGGCCGGGUUGGCCCGGGAGCCGACCGGACGCCAACUGAGGAAGAACGUCUGCUCGGGGACUAUCUCGAUUCGACUAUCGUGGCCCGCCGUUAUUCAUCUGGGGAAACCGAUGAAAAGGCAGAUCUGCGCUGGAAGCAAUGGGUGGCCUUCUCCCAAAAGGGGAGCGAGUCGUGCACGACUCUCUCGGAUGGCCUCAAGGGCUCCAUCUACACGCAAGCUGAAAUUGUUGAUUUUGUCAUCUGGCUGCUCUUCUCUCGAGAAACAGCAUCCUGGCCAAAACAUCUGCUCUGCGAUGGUUUCCGCAAGCAGACUGGCCCCGGCAUGCAAGCGAAUCCUGCUGCCGCCGCAGGGACCACCAUCCCAGGUGUGAUUCGUGUUUAUCCUAACGAACAUGUCGACGCUCUAAAGAGCUCGCCCUGGCCGCAGCUGCUUAUGCUGCUGGGGAAGGAAGGCGAGCGCAUCAUGAUCGAUCUUCUCGUCGAUUGUGCCAUUUUCCAGCCCGUCAAGGCUGGCAGGGGAAACCUCUACCAGCUCUGUGGUGUCCCCGUCCAUGAACUUGAGGCCCUCUCGAAGGCUGCCCGAGACGUUGUCAGAGAUACCAAGCUUAAGCCCAACUUAUCGUCUAAGGCCAACGCCAGCGCCAAUACCAGCGGUCUUGGCCCGAAAAAUGCCGAACUCCGCCCAUCCGAGAUCUGCUUUGUGAGGAGUAGGAUGCUCUACGCUAGAGCUGCCCUGAAUGCUCGUGGUCUUGUCCAUUUUGGGCUCCGCCAUAUCCAUGUCUUGAACCGGUUCCCCUACAGAGAUGGAGAAGACGGUGAUGAAAGCGCUGUGCAUGUCAUGAUGUACAUAUUUCCCCGCCAAUUCGGUCUGCACAAUGUGUUCACGUCUCCCGUCGACCGUUCGCAGACCACCCAGCGGUUUCAAGAUUACACCCUCCGGGAGGAAGAGAUAGCCAAGAAGUUCCCCCCAGUAGUAGUACCCAAGAGCGACGGCAGCUCUGCUGCAAAAAAGAGCACUCGGCAUGUACAUAUCCCCAAGAGGCUCAGGGGAGAUGCGCUUCGCCUUGUCCGUCGCCUACAAGUGCUUCAUAAGCGCUGUGCGUAUACAGAGCUGUUGCAGUACUACUGCCCGUUGCCCAUCCGGGGAAAUGGUCAGAAGGAGGAAGCCGUCCAGGUCGUCCAGAGCCGAAGCGUUUCGUCCUCUUUGAGAUCGUCGCUCAAGCCGGCCAAGGGGCGAGAGAAGUCAAAGACGUCAGGUCCAGCGAUAGUGGAGAACCUGGAGUACUCUACUUUGACCGACCUAGCUACCCCUAUCUCCAGCGUCUCUGCCUUCUGCCAAGCCGUCAUUUCCAAAGUCAUUCCGAAGGACUUUUGGGGCACGGGGCCUGUUCAGGAGCAUAACCAGGCAUGUUUCUUGAAAAAGGUGCAUCACUUCAUCCACCUGCGUCGGUUUGAGAGCAUGUGUCUCCAUGAAGUUAUGCAGGGAAUGAAGGUGCAUGAGAUCGAGUGGCUUGCUCCCCCGGGUUUAAGGGGUCAGAAAAGCUCCCAGUCCGACACGAGGAAACGGACCGAGAUAUUCUAUGAGUUCCUGUACUACCUCUUUGACUCCUUCUUAAUACCCCUGAUCCGCAGUAACUUCUACGUGACCGAGUCCAGUACCGACAAGUACCGACUCUUUUUCUUUCGCCACGAUGUUUGGCGUUAUGUGGCAGAACCCGCGAUGGCAGCCCUGAAGACCAAGAUGUUUGAAGAGGUCAAAACAGAAGACGCUCUUCGCAUCCUGGAAGCUCGCCAGCUGGGCUUCUCGCAGGUUCGUCUGCUUCCAAAGCAGACUUCCAUGCGGCCUAUCAUGAACCUGCGUCGUCGGACCGCUAUCCGUGGGAAACAGAGAGUUCUUGGACCCAGCAUAAACUCCAUCCUGGGCCCGGUCAACUCCGUGCUUAAGCUCGAGAAGGCUCUCAACCCUAGCCGUCUCGGCGCAUCUAUGUUCUCUGUUGGGGAUAUCUACCAACGCAUCAAAGCCUUCAAGUCCCGUCUCGGCCCCGGACCCCACAAUAACCUCUUUUUCGCCAAGAUCGACGUCCAAGCCGCCUUCGACACCAUCCCCCAAGAUGCCAUCAUCGCCCUCUUGAACCAGAUCCCCCAGCAUGUGCAAUAUGCUCUGUUAAAGCAUGUCGAAAUCGCCAUGUCCGACGCCACCGGCCCGAAAAGCGUCGCGAGGCCAUACAAACGAUGGCAUAUCACAGCACUAGCCGCGGCCGCCGCGACCGAGCGCAACGGUGGUGGCGUCCGCGCGCAGCCCUCCUUCCCGGAUCGUGUGGAGCAAUCGCUUGCGCUGAAGCGACGCGACACGGUGUUUGUGGAUAGCGCGGUGCGCAGAACGCUCAAGGCACGGGAUAUACUCGCGCUUGCGGCCGAGCAUAUCGCACAAAACUUGGUCAGGAUCGGGAAGAAGUAUUAUCGCCAGAAGGAAGGCAUCCCACAGGGGUCGGUGCUAUCGUCGAUGCUGUGUAGUUGGUUCUACGCCGAUCUGGAGAGGCGGCGGUUGGGGUUUUUGUUGGAGAGUGAGGAUUGUCUGUUGAUGAGGCUCAUUGAUGAUUUUCUGUUGAUUACCACGGACCGGGGGAAGGCGGAAAGGUUUGUUGAGGUGAUGACGGCGGGUGUGCCGGAGUACGGGGUGACGGUGAACCCGAAAAAAAGCCUGGUCAAUUUUGAUACGGUCGUUGGCGGGGAGCCGGUGCCCCGACCAGAGGGAAGGGAUGGACUGCAGGAGCCAGCGAUCUUCAACUCUCUCACGGUCGACUUCUCCCGCUCCCCGGGCUGGAAUUUCAAGCGCAAAGUCAUCAAUGCAUUCAAGAUUCAAUCCCACCUAAUGUUCUUUGAUACCUCCCUCAACCCACGCACCACAGUACUUUCCAACAUUUACUCGGCGUUUAUGGAAACAGCGACGAAAAUGUGGGCAUACGCGCGCUGUAUGGCUGCAGCGGGCAAGAAACCGGCCCGUGGUAUCAUUACCGAGACGAUAAAGACGCUGAUUGACGUCGCAUUUGUGCUGCUGACCAGCCGUGCCCGGAGGGAGAGAUACCCUGGGUAUGUGUGCUCGGUCAAGAAGGGAGAGGUGUCAUGGUAA